AUGGAAAUUCCUAUUCCAGAAGAAGCUUUUAAUAAAUCAGCAUAUUUUAAAAUAGAUCGUUUAAAUGAUAGAAAAGGAUUAGCAACAAUUAUUUUACUUAUGUUGUGGAUUAUUUUAUUUACUGUUAUGGGUUUUGUUAAAGAUCCUAGAAAUGUAUAUGUUAAUACUUCUCAAAAACAAUGGAUUUCAGGUGAAUUAUUUAGUUAUGUACAUUAUAAUAUUUUAGUAAUUUCAAUUAUUAUAAUUAUUUUAUUGUUCAUUGGAAUUCUUUUAUUAUAUCGUGUUUUACCAACAAUAAUUACUUAUUUAAAUUUAGUUCUUUCCCUUGUAAUACCAACAAUUAUAUUUCCUGUUUUACUCUUUUAUCUAGGAAUGAACAAUGGAUUAUCACAUCAUCCUUUAGAAUUAAUUCUUACUAUUGUUAUUGUUAUUCCUUUAAUUUAUAAAAAAUUAGAUUAUUUCAACUUUAAUUGGACAAUUACAUCCAUUGUUUAUAAUACCUCAUUCACUUUUUUCUUUUCAUCAAUACUCAUUAUCCUUCCUACAAUUAUGUUAAUUGUUCUCUUUACAAUUAUUAUUAUGUUAGUAUUUCAUAGUAUCAUUUCAUUAAAUCUAAUAGGAUAUCCAGGUAUUACACCACCAAUGGGUUUUAUUGCAAGUAUCUUUUUAAUGAUAUUUUCUAAUAUGUUUUCUUAUGUUUUUGAAUCGGUAAUUACAAUGUUCCUCUCUGCUACAGUUUCAUAUAAAUUACAUGAAAACAAAGGGCUUAAUCCAAUAGAAGCAUUAAUAAAAACAUUUUCAUAUCGUUUAGGAUCAGCAUCAUAUGCCAUUGAAUCUAGUUUUAUUUCAAUAGGAAUUUCAUUAUGCAAAUUACUGGUAAAAAUACCAAUUAACACAACAUUUAUUGGAAAGAAAUUAACAAAAUUCAUUGAAGAAAAUAGUUCAGCACAAUCAUCUAUUUCACCUUUUGUAUUUAUUGGAUAUUAUGGACAUACUUAUAUUCAUUCUAAAUGUGGACUAAAUGAAAAAAUUAAACAAAGUUCAAUGAGUAGUAUUUUUGAUGAAUUUCAUUUAAAAGAAUUGGUUGAUGUCUUUCAGUCUAGUACACGUGGAUUAGUCAUGGCUCUUGUUCUUCUUCUUUCCUUUACAUAUUAUGGUGGAAGUGUUUCUUAUUUUACAGUAUUAUUAUUAAUGUGCUCUUCUCAAGUGAUUGGUUUAAUUGGAACAUUAAUUAAAUCAAUAGGAGAAGUUAUGUUAUUUGAUUGUGUUGAACAAUUAGCUGAAGGAAAAGUAUUAAAUGAAUUUACUAGUUUAAUACAGAAUUUGAGUAAUAACAUUCCACAGAAUGGGUAUAAUAGAGUAAAUUAA